CAUUUAAAUAUUUAUAAGCUCAAUUAGCAGCUUAGCAGCCGCAGCUAGUAAAGCCAUCAGCAAAAGGGGGCGCCCCCUGGCGUUUGAAAAGUGAGAGUUUAGAUUUUGUGUGAGUGUGUGUGUGCUUUGGAAUAAACCGCAAGCAGCCAGCACAGCUUCCAACAGUCGUUACUGGCGCUGCCUAGCUGACGGACGUGUUGUGCUCGUGUCUUCGAUUAACGAACGAACGAUCGAAAAACAAUCAAUAACGAAAUGAAUUUCUCAAUUUGUAUGCUAAUCUUGGCCACCGUUUGCCUAUCGGCGACGUUGACGUUAGCGGCGCCACAGCAGCUGUCUCAGCGCAAUGAGAAGCAGGUUCAGGUUCAAUUGCCUUCCGAGGGUGUCACCAUCGAAGAGGUUAUUCUCGAGUCUAAUCUCCACAUCAAGCCCAAAACCAAUCUGAAUGUGAGACGCGUGCGUUCCGCGCUGGAAGAAUCUCUCAAUGGCAUUUAUGCCACUCACAAGCGUGUGAAACGUCAAUUUUUCGGAAACCAACCCUUUGGGUUUAAUGGUGGCAUAAAUGCAGGUACAAAUGCCGGUGCUGGUGGCGCCAACUCUGGCGUUGAUGUGGGGGUCGGUCCUAAUGGCGGUAAUGCCAAUGCCAAUGUCCAGCUGAAUCCCUUCAAUCAGCCGGGCCCGAAUGGUUACAAUCAGGAGCAGACUGCCUCAAAUGGUGCGGCCAGCGGUCAAUUUAACAAUGGGUUCGGUCAAGGCUCCUCAGCGGCCAUUGGACAGGCUCAAGGUUUCCUCUCCCAAGGCGGGGGUAACACUUUUGGUGCCCAGUCCGCAAGCACAUCGACGCAAUCGCAAUUUGGUAACAACAACGCUGCUAGCGCCGGUCUAAGUCAAGUCUACCGUUUGCCCAAUGGCCAGACCAUCAAUUUUGCCUCCAGCAACAAUUUUGCCAACAAUGGACUUAAUAAUGCCGGCAGCCACGGUUCAUCUGUGUCUGUGAGCGGUUAAAGAGUUUAAUCUUGUAAUCAUAUUCAAAAAGUUAACAAUUAAAAUGCGCUUUAAUCUAUUUAACUGCAAAUAUUUAUGAAAGCACUAGAAAUCGUUAUCAAAAAUUUAAACUUGUCGCUAAUCGCCAUUUUGUACUCUUUAAAUAUAUCGAUAACUAUCUUAAAUUCGUUUUGAUUUCAUUGGUAAAGUCAUCGAUUUCGCGCUUAAUCGUAAUCGCCUCGGUCUUCAAUUAACUAUUUAAUGCUGGCUGUCUAUGAAAGCCCUAAAAAAUUGAUAAAAUUUAAAUUGUGCCCGACUUUAAUAAUUCUUCGCCUUUUUUCUGUAAGAAUCC